AUGUUCGGCAGCAACCCACCGCCGCGUGAGUUUGCGGUAAAAGCGUUUGAUACCGUCGACCGGUCGAUCUAUCUCCAAUUAGUACAUAUUCUCCUCUCAGGUUUCGAUACAGGGUCGUUGGAUGGCCGUGAUAUCCUGCAAGAUCCGCGAUUUACACAUCCAAAACGAGAUGUAGGAAGCGAUAGAGUUGCUCGUGCGGAUGAUGUAUUUUUCACACCACUUCUGUCUGGCAAAAAAUUCAUUUCCUCUUUCUUCAUGAACGCAGAUCCCGACCCGAACUCGGCCCUACCCGCCCCUACCCGUCCCUCCCACGACUGGAAUCCAGGAAACUCUUUCUUGCCUAGCACUGGUAAACUCCAGAAUGCAUCAAAACGUUUCCAGCCUACUACUUUGUUCAUCUUCACCGAUCUCUCCAUCGGCUCUGCAGGGAUGUAG